ACACCAACAAUACUUGCUAUUAUACGAAAAAAGGAAGAAGCGGAGGAAGCAUUUGAUUGCAAGCUCAAGCUCAGAUCGAUUGAUUCCCUCGGAGGCAAGAACGGCAUCACUCUCACAAAACAAUAUCGAACACCAUUGUGGGUCGAGUGAGGAGACACCCAGAUUCGCAGGUGGAGAUGAUGGGAUGGAGACGAGGUUAAGGAAGCAAUAUGGCGAGGGCAAACAAUGGCAGAAGAAAAUGGUGCUCUUACAAGCGAACGGCUCUCAUCAUGUGCUCAAUCAAUGUCGGCUUUGCGCUCUACGUUGUUAAUUUUCUCUGCACCUCUCUUUACACCUACUCUUACCGCGAUUCUCCCGACGCUGUUGUUGAGUACACCCCAGAUCAGAUUAGGAGAAUGGAAGAAUCAAUUCGAUUGCGAAAAACAUCGGAACCUGUAAAGCUUAUUAAAUUGGUUAAAGCAAUCGAGAACGAAAUUUUAAGUGAAGAAAUCACAGUGGCAUUGCCAAAACACUUGAAACAGAAGAUAGCAGAUGAGAUUCUUGAAAGGUUGAGGAUGUUGAGUAAUGAUGCCGACUCAAGCCAGCAGCAAGAAGCAGUUGAAAGCUGGCGCAAGGAAAAGCUGGAAGAAACCGAACGUCUAGCUCUUGGAGAGACCUCAAACUCAACUCUUCUGCCAGAGGAAGCUGGGAUGCUUGCCCGAGCUUUGAAGUCCAACUGGAGGCAGCUUUCGGAAGAAGUUGGUCUCUGGAUACCAGAUGAGAUCGAUAACGAGGAGCAUGAUGACAAACCAGAGGGUGCAACAGAUCCUGAUGAAGAAGUUUUACCUGGAAGGCCACUUCCUCCCGAAUGCCAUGCCGAGUACCAUGCAGAUUAUGGUGGUGCUGCUGUCCGGUGGGGCCUUACACACCCUAAAGAAAGUGCAUUCGAGUGUUGUCAGGCUUGCUUGGAUCAAGCCAGACGUGCCAAGCCGGGUGAAAUGAAGUGCAACAUAUGGGUUUAUUGUCCACAGGAGACUGGUUGCCAUUCUCCUGAUAUUUAUCAGCACAGACACAUGGAGUGCUGGCUCAAAUAUGCAGAAAAGCCCAAAGUGACUUUCAAGGACAAGUAUUCUGAAGCUUAUAGGAGGUCACACCCAAAUGCACCAGAAAUCGUUCCAUGGAUUGCCGGUGUUGUUACUGCAUAGCUGGUACCGAUGGGGGCUUUUGAAGCGUUAGACGUGCUAAGGCUUUUAGUUUGCGGAUUUUAACUUUAGAAAUCGUCUCCUAUUGUUUUGCAAUGUCAGCUGCUCAGCUCUUUAACAUCUGUUUUUACUCUCUUUCCAUGAUUUAACACGUUAGAUUUCUUUCUUUUCGCGUCCCAAGGACAGGACAAUAGACAAAAAAACAAAACAAAACACCAUCUUGCUUUAUGCUUUAUUUUCUUAAUUCCUCAUUUCUGAUUAUUUGUAUUGUA